AUGCCGUCCUACACCGUCACGGUGGCCACGGGCAGCCAGUGGUUCGCGGGCACCGACGACUACGUGUACCUGACCCUGCAGGGCACGGACGGCUGCAGCGACAGGCACCUCCUGGACAAGCCCUUCUACAACGACUUCGAGCGCGGCGCGGUUGACUCCUACGAUGUGACUGUGGAAGAAGACCUUGGAGAAAUUCAGCUAAUAAAAAUUGAGAAACGAAGAUACUGGUACCAGGAUGACUGGUACCUUAAGUAUAUUACAGUUAAAACACCAGUGGGUGACUAUUUGGAAUUCCCAUGUUACCGCUGGAUUACAGAUGAAAAGGAGGUUGUCCUUCGAGAUGGAAGAGCAAAGCUCCCCCGAGAUGACAAAACUCAGAUUCUCAAGCAGCACAGACGCAAAGAGCUCGAAUCCCGUCAGAAGAUGUACCGCUGGAAGGAGUGGCAUCCAGGCUUUCCCCUGAGCAUCGAUGCCCAUUCUCACAAUGAACUGCCUCGUGACAUCCAGUUCGACAAUGAGAAGGGAAUUGACUUCAUUCUGAACUACACGAAAGCGAUGGAGAAUCUUUAUGUCAACCGUUUCAUGCACAUGUUCCAGUCCUCCUGGAGUGAUUUUGCAGAUUUUGAGAGGAUCUUUGUCAGAAUCAGCAACACAAUCUCUGAAUAUGUGAUGCAACACUGGAGGGAAGAUUUUAUGUUUGGCUACCAGUUCCUGAAUGGAUGCAACCCUGUGCUGAUCAGGAGAUGCACAGAGAUACCCAAGAAGCUGCCUGUGACCAUGGAGAUGGUAGAAUGCAGUCUGGAGAGGAACCUGACACUGGAGGAGGAAGUGAAGCAAGGAAACAUUUUCAUUGUGGACUAUGAGCUUCUUGAUGGUGUGGAUGCCAAUAAAACAGACCCAUGCACAGUACAGUACUUGGCUGCACCCAUCUGUCUGCUGUAUAAGAAUCUGGAGAAAAAAAUUGUACCCAUUGCAAUCCAGCUUGGUCAAAAGCCUGGACCAGACAAUCCCAUCUUCCUUCCUUCAGAUGCCACAUAUGACUGGCUGCUAGCUAAAAUUUGGGUCCGCUCAUCUGAUUUCCACAUCCACCAGACAGUGACCCACCUCUUACGGACACACUUGGUCUCAGAGGUGUUCAGCAUAGCUAUGUUCCGGCAGCUGCCUGCUGUGCAUCCCCUCUUCAAGCUCUUGGUGCCCCAUAUGCGGUUCACAAUAGCCAUCAAUACCAAAGCCCGAGAGCAGCUUAUCUGUGAGUGUGGCCUUUUUGACAAGGCAAAUGCUACAGGUGGAGGAGGACAUGUGCAAAUGGUGCAAAAAGCAAUGAAGGAUCUGACUUACAGUUCCCUCUGCUUCCCUGAGGAGAUCAAAGCUAAAGGAAUGGACAGCAAAGAGGACAUCCCCUACUACUAUUACCGGGAUGAUGGCAUUAAGGUCUGGGAGGCUAUAAAGAGUUUUGCAGAGGAUGUAAUUCACAUCUACUAUGAAAGUGACGAGGUGGUGUGUGAGGAUGUGGAGCUCCAGGCCUUUGUCAAAGACAUUUAUGUCUAUGGAAUGAGGGGUGUGAAAGCCUCAGGGUUCCCUAAGAUGAUCAGGACACGAGAGACACUAGCAGAAUAUCUCACAGUGAUCAUGUUCACUACAUCAGCUCAACAUGCAGCUGUGAACUUUGGUCAGUACGACUGGUGUUCCUGGAUUCCCAACGCCCCACCAACAAUGCGCUGCCCUCCUCCAACAGAAAAGGGGACAGUCACCAUCGAGCAAAUUGUGGAGAGUCUGCCAGACAGGGGACGUUCCUGUUGGCAUCUUGGAGCUGUCUGGGCCUUGAGCCAAUUCCAGGACACAGAACUAUUUCUGGGCAUGUACCCAGAUGAACACUUUGUGGAGAAGCCGGUGAAAGAGGCUAUGGCGAAAUUCCGCAAGAAUUUGGAUGAGAUUGUCAGCACCAUCACCGAGCGCAACAAGAACAAAAAGCUUCCUUACUACUACCUUUCCCCAGAUCGUAUUCCCAACAGUGUUGCUGUUUGAGCUCAUAGCCAGGAGGGUUUGAAAGCCUGUAAAGCUAAUGAUGUUUUUUUCUGUUCUAUGCUUUUUCAAUUAGCUUUUCAGAAAUAUAAGGAUAUUUCAGGAUAAGAAACCCACCUUCUCCAUCAGAGCUUGUUUAAGUUUAUUUGAACUUUCAAAAUAAAUUUGGUUAUGACCAAUCUUGCAAAGUCUAACUGA